AUGAGACCGUCAAAAAACGUUAGAUUUCCGUUUAUGAAGCCUCAGAGAUAUCAAGGGAAAGUACAUCGUGGACGCAUUCGAAUGCAGAAAUCAUGGCGUUGAUGUUGCCCGUGCACUCCACGCUGCGGCCUACUCCGCCGCCGGUCAUCUCAGCGAUCACCUGUUCAUCACAGUCGACAGGAUUCACAUUUUAUAAACCGCAGUCAACAGUUCGAUGCUAAACUCGGAAAUGUAAAAUUGUGUGAAAAUGAAAACAUACCUCUUGAACGGGUCUGUCGUAAUCUUUUGGGUUCACAAACUCUGUCACGCCGAACUUCUUAGCUGGUGAUAAAAACGAUGCAAAUGUCUUAAACUCUGUUGUUCAUAUCAUCAGCCGAAAUCCAAUUGAUUUGAAAGAAUGGACAGACACCUUGCUCGAAUCUGUCCAAGUCCACACCGAUGAUCCUUGAAGCUCCUGAGACCCUCGCCCCCUCCGCAGCCUGUUACCAUUCAACCUAUCAUCAUUUAAUCUAAUUGGAAGAAGAGAACGAAAGCCAUCCACAAUACAGAGUAACAGAGAGAGGAACAGAGGGAGACACGGCAAGGCCCACGGCUCCCAAUCCGAAUACAGAAUCUGUUGAUCCCUUCUUUGGUUUGGCCACAUUCACCGUCGCGCCGAAACCUUCAAAAAGUUGAUAAAAACGUUUAUGGUAUUAAGAAAAGAUCUGAUUUCCAAAUUUUGAGGAUGACGAAAAUGGUGUGAACACCUUCCAAGGCUAUGCUCUUUCUUCUUCUUUUUAACUAGAGAAAUUGGGCAGAAGAAGAAUAAGGCCGCACCUGUGGAGAUCCCGCAGCUGAGCACGCAGACUGUUUCCAAGGGAGCCAGCGGGUUUAUCUUCGCCAGGCAGCCCACGUGCACCACGGUGUACUCGCUGAAAGUGGAGGUGCCGAGAAAGUGGUAG